AUGUCGAGUCGAAUGAUCAAGACAGUGACCAUAGGGGUCGUCUUCUGCCUGGCACUCUUUUUGCUAGCUCCCAGAAGUCUUCCAUCAUCCGGUGGUACACACGGAGGAGCAGCAGCGGGAGGAAAUGGACAGGUUGCCCUUGAUCCCUCAUCCGGGACUUCAAAAUGCACAAGGUCCAGUUCACCAAAUAAACCAAUUGUACAAUAUGCUAUCAUGAUCGAUGCUGGCUCUACCGGCUCGCGUGUCCACGUAUACCGAUUCAACAACUGCGGCGAAACUCCUGAACUCGAAAACGAGGAUUUUAAGAUGAUUCAACCUGGUCUUUCAUCGUUCAAGGAGAAGGCAGAAGAGGCUGCGAUGAGUCUGGAUGUAUUGAUGGAUGUAGCACUCGCGUCUGUUCCUGAAAAGCUUAGAGGCUGUUCACCAGUUGCUGUCAAGGCUACCGCCGGUCUGCGAUUGUUGGGCCCCGAAAAAAGUCAAAAGAUUUUAGACGCGGUUAGAACCAGGCUUGAAACAAAGUAUCCGUUCCCAGUCGUUGCAGGAAGCGGUAUCGAAAUCAUGGAAGGAAAGGACGAAGGUGUCUACGCAUGGAUCACUACCAACUACCUCCUUGGAAAGAUUGGCACCAUUCAAGAUACUCCAACUGCAGCCAUUUUUGAUCUUGGCGGUGGUUCAACACAAAUUGUCUUUGAGCCAACCUUCCCCUCCAUUGGAGGUGGUAUGCCCGCCCAUCUCGCUCCUGGAGACCACAAAUAUGAGCUUAAGUUUGGCGGUCGUCACUUUGACCUUUACCAGCAUUCUCAUCUCGGUUACGGGCUUAUGGAGGCCCGUAAAGCAAUUCACCAGGUUGUUGCGCAGGCAAAGAUUGCCGAAGUUGGCCAGGCAUGGAACGCAAAGCCUAUUGUAAACCCUUGCAUUAUCCCUGGAAUGAUCCGCGAAGUCGAGAUUGAAAUGAAGGACACCAAGGAGAUUGUCAAGGUGAACAUGACUGGCCCUGCUGAGCCAUCUAUGACACAAUGCCGUUUCCUCGCAGAACAAAUUCUCAAGAAAGAUGAGAAAUGCUCGCUCACCCCAUGCUCGUUCAAUGGUAUCCAUCAGCCACCUCUAGAGCGCACAUUCGCCACUGAGGAUAUCUAUAUCUUUUCUUACUUCUAUGACCGCGCUCGUCCUCUUGGUCUCCCGGAUUCGUUCACACUCAAGGAAAUGUACGAGACUACCGCUAAGGUGUGCGCUGGUGAAAAGGCAUGGGACGUAUUCCACUCUAUCCCCGAUGCCAUGGAAGAACUUAGGGACAGGCCUGAAUACUGUCUCGACUUGAGCUUCAUGCUUGCGCUCCUGCACACUGGGUACGAAAUGCCUUUGGACCGCGAAGUCAAGAUUGCGAAGAAGAUCAAGGGCAACGAACUUGGGUGGUGUCUAGGUGCCAGUUUGCCAUUGCUUGACCAGGGUUCUGGUGGAUGGCAGUGCAGAGUUAAGGAGGUUUAG